GCUCAAGUUGGCACCAGUCGUGCGGCACGUACACAGUCUGCAGGAGUCCCUGGAGGAGGGGUUACUGGAGAGAAGCGAGUAAUCUGAUCGAGAAAGGGAUGUAAAGUUUUCUAAGAAGGCGGAACUGUCUCUUUCUGCGACCUGAAUACUCUCCGACAAGUGUGAGGAGCUCUAUCCUCCUAACACACGUCAGUGGCUAUUUAAACAGAGACAAGCUAACCGAGCUUUACGAAGUGACUUUUCCUGAAAGGAUAAACUGCAGCACCGACGACAUGAAUAAACGUGAAGGUGAAGCAUGUCCACGGAAAAAUGCUGAUUCAGCAUCAGACCGCGACGCGAAUGCCGACCAAUCAUCACCGGUCAUGGCUGCUUUCAAAGUUUUCCAGCAGGAGCUUGACACCAAACAUGACAAAUAUGAGCGCCUUGUUAAGAUCUCUCGGGAUGUUACCAUUGAUAGCAAGAGGAGCAUUUUUCUUCUACAUAGAGUGACCAGUGUCCCAGAUGCUGAGGAUGUUCUGAAAGAAGCAGAAGUAAAACUGGAUGGAGUCAGACAGAAAAUUGGUCAAAUUGCUGAAGAGCUGAGGGGAGAGGACAUCUAUCAGUUUCACAGAGCCUUCACUCCAGGGAUCCAGGAGUAUGUGGAGGCCGUCUCUUUCCUGCACUACAUCCGUCACCGCAGCCUCAUCAGCCUGGAGGAGAUCAACGCCAGGCUGGUGUUCAUGAAAGAAGAGAAGGAAGGAGCUGAAACUCUGCUCGGGGCUCAGGUCCUGACCUUCCAAGUGACGCCCUCAGACUACCUGCUCGGAGUGGCCGACCUGACCGGAGAGCUGAUGCGCAUGUGCAUCAGCAGCGUGGGCAACGGCGACAUUGACACGCCCUUCCAGCUUAGCCAGUUCCUGCGGCAGAUCCACGACGGCUUCUCCUACAUCGGGAACACAGGCCCGUAUGAGGUGUCCAAGAAGCUGCACGUGCUGCGACAGAGCCUGGGAAAGGUGGAGGACGCUUGCUACGCCCUGCGAGUCCGCGGCUCAGAGAUCCCCAAGCACAUGCUGGCCGACGUGUUCUCCAGUAGGAACACACUCAGGGAGCCAGAGGAAGGGAUGGUUUAAUCCUCUGUGGCCUCCACAGCGUUGUUUCUGUUCUCUGUGGUGUCAUUGUCUCCUUCAGCUUUGCUCCACUGUUAUUGUUUGUACGUAUUUUAAUUGUAUUUGUUACUGUUUGUUUUUGGUAGUUGUUCCCCACUCUUGCUAAUGGUUAAGGGCAGAUCAUGUCGCACUUUGUAAAGCCCUGUGAGACAAAUGUUUGUGUAAAUGGGCUUUACAAAUAACACUCGAUCAACGGAUUGAGAUGUUUGACAUACUUUGUGAAAUGCCUGUUAACUGUUUGUCAUAAUUGUAAAAACAGGUUUACAAUAGACAAUGGAUCCUUUUUCUUUGAUAAAGAUCUGAUGACUUCACUUGUUUUGCAUCAAUAAAAGUUCUGUGCCAUGA